AUGCCUCCUUUGCCCCAGUGUUUGCCUUUGGAGCCCAUUAUCUUAGGCAGUCAAAAAUAUACACGCUCGGGAGAACUUAGAAGGGUUUUGGGCUUUCCUCAUGGUAGUAUAUCGGAUGACCAUUCUUUUGGAGUUGCCCAUCCGAAACCUCCACCACCGGUGGCAACAGAGGAGCUAAAGCACUUCAAGGAAAGCGUGCAAGAUGCGUCUAGAAAGGCCAGGGACAGAGCAAAAAUGUUGCGUGAAUCCAUUUUCAAAUUGGAUAAGUACAGAGAAGCUUUGAGUUCAAAGAAGAGACAGAGAAGCGAUCUUUCAUCGAGUGACAGGUCCAAUGGAGCAAACUUAGUGAAAUUGGGAAGUCAAAUUCAUAAAAACCCUCAAGAGAAUAUGACUCAAAGAUUGGAAGACAGGGCCAAGAGCGUUGGGUUCAAUAAACGCGUUCGGACGUCAGUGGCUGAUGUGCGGGCAGAUGUUAGGUCAGCUGCCACCUCAAGGCAGCAGGUGACCACAGACAAGGACGAAAAUAAGCUUCAGGCUGUUAGUGGGGCUUCUGCUAGGAUUGAAGAAAAGACCCGCAGAUUGCUUGCUGGAGGUGAAGGGUUGGAUCACAAAAUAAAAAAGAAACGUUCGGUGGGAGCAGUGAGUAAUAGAAUUAUAGGUGGUGAACGGGAUAUAAAACGAGCUACGCAUCCAAAGCUGAGUGGUGAUUCUAAGCUACGCAUAUGUGAUGCUCAAGGUUUCAGACUAAAAGCUUCACUUGGAGUUGGUGGAAUCAAUAAGUUGGCGGAACCAUCUUUUGAACCUUCUAAUCUCAGUACCUGUACAGUACUCAAGAAUGAGCUGGAAAGUGCUCCUGUUCCAAAAGACCGUUCAGCUGUAUUAGAGCAGAGGGUUGUGUUGAAAGGAAACAUUAAGCUAAAUCCUCAGGAGGAUAACCGUGCAGGAAGUCCUAAUCCUGUGAUAAAAGGAAAGGUUUCUAGGGCACCACGAACUGGUUCCGUCACGAAUAUAGACUCAUCCCCUAAUGUUCACCCUUCGUCCGGAGCUUUUCAAGGUUUGGAACAGCCUACUGGUCAAAACAAAGUCCAAGCAGCAAGUGUGACAAAUAAUCAAAAGUGUGCAACAUCGAAUGGUUCUUCUGUACAUCCUAUGGCCCAGUGGGUUGGUCAGAGACCACAUAAAAGCUCUCGCACGAGGAGAACAAAUUUAGUUUCUCCUGUAACAAACAAUGCUGAGGCUCAGAUUUCCUAUCAAGGCGCUGCAACUUCUGAUUUUAGUGCUAGAACUUCUAAUGUUGGGACCAAUGGUUCACAAGUUACGAGCAGUUUAGAUAAUCAUACCACGAAAUCUAAAAGAGAACUUCAGAAUGUGUCAUCUCCAUACGGGUUAUCUGGAAGUGAAGAAUCGGGAGCUGGGGAAAAAAAGUUGAAAGAGAAGGGAAUGGACCGUGGUGACAUUGCCUUAGCUGCAGAUGAAAAAGUUGGGGAUCACUUACUGUCCAUCAAGAAGAAUAAAUCACCAACUAAUGACAUUGGAGAUGGUGUGCGAAGGCAAGGAAGAAGUGGAAGAGGUCCAUCUUUGACAAGGCCUGGGAUUCCUCCAGUUAUGGAGAAACCAGAGAAUUUACCAACCACAAAGCCUCUUCAAGGGAUGAAACCUAUGUCCGAUAAGAAUAGAAGUAAAACAGGUCGUCCACCCUCGAAAAAGCUGAAAGAUCGAAAGGGGUCAACUCGUGUUGGGCCAAUAACAUAUAAUGACUCACCCGAUUUCACAGGUGAAUCUGAUGACGAUCAUGAAGAACUAUAUAUGGCUGCCAAUUCUGCUCGGAAUGCUAGUAAAGUUGCAAGUUCUGGCCCAUUUUGGAAGAAAAUGGAAUCAGUUUUUGGUUCCCUCAGCUCAGAGGACAUAUCCUACUUACAGCGGCAGCUAAGUUUUGCGGAGGAGCUUGGUGAGAGUUUGUCUCAGAUGUUUGGUGAUGAAUAUAAUGUUUCGGGUGUUUUUAUGCAUAGAGAAUUCCCUAAUUGUUCUGGGGAAAGACAAGGGAACCAUUUUAAUCAAGAUUCAUCAAAGACUGAUGCUUUAUGUGAAAAUUUUGACAUGAGAAGGUUGGAAAAGGCUACUCCAUUAUACCAAAGAGUUCUUUCUGCUUUAAUUGAAGAAGAUGAAAGUGAAGAACUGUACCAUCGUAGUGAAGGGAAAAAUUUGCACCUACGGUGUGCGAGUGAUGAUUCUCAUUGUGGUUCAUGUAAUCAGAUUGAUGUUGAACCCAAAGAUUGGGACAGGAUAGAAUCUGAAGUUGAGUCACAAGGAGAUUUUCAGACUCAGAAAAAUAGCUUGCUGGACAGACUUUCUUGUGAUAGAAGUGCUGCAACUAAUACAUUUAGAAAUAGAAGCAUGCCCAGUUCUGUACACAACCAUGAACAGUGGCAGGCAGAUGAGGACGUUUCACAUUCUGAUGUGGGGCAUGCCUGUGAAAUAUGUCCAACUGAUCUUGGUCAUCUGCAACCUAGGGAACUCAAGACUACUAACUUGCCUUCCUCAGAGUGCCAAUAUCAGUUGAUGUGCCUGGAUGACAGGCUUCUCCUGGAGCUGCAGAGUAUUGGUUUAUGUCCGGAGACAUUGCCGGAUCUUACAGAAGGAGAAGAAGUGAUUAAUCAAGAUAUAAUGGGACUCAAGCAAGGGCUGCAUCAACAGAUUGCGACGAAGAAGAAACACUUAGCAAAAAUUGAUAAAAUUGUUCAGAAAGAAAGAGCUGCAGAAAGACGGAGAAUUGAACUAGUUGCAAUGGAUCAACUUAUUGAGAUUGCUUACAGGAAACAACUGGCUUGCCGUGGGAGCAGUGGUUCAAAAAGUGCAGUCCGUAAGGUUUCAAAACAAGUGGCAUUGGGUUUUCUCAAACGCACACUUGCCAGAUGUCGAAAAUUUGAAGAAAAGGGCAUUAGUUGCUUUACUGAUCCUGCACUGCAGAAUGUUAUCUUCUCUGAACUUUCAUGCAACAAUGCUGCAAAAUCUAUCGACUGUGUUGGCUCUGGAACUGCUAGUAAUACAUGCAAUGAAGGUUCCCAUCAAGCGGAAGUCAGAGGAUCUGGUGCCGUAUCCAGUGCGUUUGGGAGAUAUGAUUCCCCUAGUGAUAACCAUGACAGGGGUUCAUCAGGGGUUCUUCAUGCUGUCAUUGACUCGUCUGGUCAAGCUUCUUCCAAGCAUGGAUCGAUGUCGAACUUGAACAAGGGGAGAAAGAGGGAAGUGCUGAUUACUGAUGUUGUUGGACUUGGAAGUGCUUCCUCAAGGCUAACUUCAGCUCUUGACAGCACUGUUCACGACGCGAAGGGAAACAGAGGUGAGAGAAAUAAGGACCAAACCUUGGAUAACUUAAGAAACACUUCACCUAGUGGAGUUGGUAACACAUCAUUGGACAGCUCCCGAAGUGAACGCAAAACAAAAGGAAGAUCCAAGCAAAAGAAUACUCACUCAUCAAGUCAAUCAGUUCCUAAUGCCAGCAAUAAGAAAAGUAGGACGGGCCCACCAUUGCGGAGUGAUGCUCCUACACCGCCAUCGUCUAAAGAGGCAGAUGAACCCACUGAUAUUGCAAAUUUGCAACUACAUGAAUUAGAUUCACUGGAAGAGAACCAAGAUCUUAGUUCAUGGUUGAACUUUGAUGAAGACGGCCUGCAAGAUCAUGAUUCCAUUGGUCUCGAAAUACCAAUGGAUGAUCUCUCAGAGUUGAUGCUUAUGUAA